CGUGACAAUCCAAACCUCCUUCUAUUAGUGCACUGGCUACCCUUCAUCACUCUCUCUUUGUUAAUUUUUUCACUUUUUGUAAAUAAUUUGCCUAAAAUCAUCAUUUGCUGAUUUUACCAUUUCACCCCUACAUUUAGCCUUUUGCCGUUUAGUGACGAAACGACAAAGCCAAAUCAACCACCAAAUAAACAAAAUCAAAAACCGAAACAACGGUGUCGUGCGUGCGUUUCAUUUUAUUUAUUUUUUCAUUAUGAUGGGUCUUAACAAGUUCGGAACUACCAUCACGGUGUUAACGGCCGUUACUCUUACGGCUCUCGCCGUUGAGAUCUUAUACGUUUUAUGGAAACGCCGUUUAAGACUCCGUCCACGUGUCCGCGCCGAGCCACAAGAACCUUCACUUCCAUCUUCGUCGUGUACUUCACCAGGUGAAAGGGAGCGUGAGCUUGAUGUGGAGCUUCAGAGCCACGUGGCGAAGUGGCAAUGUUUGUACGGUCCUUCGCGAGUGCUUUUCACGAUCAAGGAAGAAGAAAUAGAAGGAGUUGAGUCUGAGAAUGGUUCUUCAACGGAAUGUAGUGCGGUAACGGUGAAUAAAACUGUGGCGGUGAACACCACGCGGUUGAGUGAGAGUGUUGUCCUUGAUGAAGUUGUUGUGACGGUUGAUGAGUUGUUAAAUGAAACGACGCCGUUUUCUACGCCGUGUGCUACUUCUCCUUAUUACACACCACAAUCUUCGCCUAUGCGCGGAAAUGGAUGAAGUGAAACUAAAACACCUUCAAGAGUGUGUGUGUUGUGGAAUGAAAAGGUAUUCGUAACUUGAUUACUCAAGUAAAUUAGUUCUGUUUUUGUUUCUCCCAUUCAAUGUGUGUUUGGUUUAGUCGUGGCUAACGUUGAUUUCAUCAUUUUUAAAACCUUUAUCAAUGUAUAGUUUUUGAUUCACUGUAAUUCUUCAGGUUAAUAUUAGUGGUUUUCAAAUAUUCACUAA